AUGUCUGAGUUGGACACCAUCAGCCUGCUGAUUCCUCCUGAGCCUUCGUCCAAACCCCAGGAUCUCCAAGCGCAGAUUCAACAGAUUAUCGCACAGAAAGGUCAUUUUCGUCAUUUCACCCAAAGUUCGCUCCUCGCCGAGAUCCAGGGCAAAGCCACUGCGCCGGACGCAGUCCAGGUUGAUCGGGACGAUGAGCCCCAGGCCGAAGAUGAUACUCCGCAGAAGCGUCAGGAACGGGUUUGGAAGCGGCGAGAUGAGAUGCUAGAGCGCAUCAACUAUGCACAAAACGAGGUCCUCUGCGCCCUAGACUUUGUGUCAUUCUUGAUUUCUCAGCAGUCAGUUCCCGCUCAGCAUUCCAUGUCGCCCGCCCUUCAACAGGCCGUUCCUGUCGGGACGCUGGCCUCGAGAGUUUUGAAAGACAGACCAAUUCCUCCUUCGACGAAGCGGCGGCUGGCCGCUGUCUCUCAGGGCUGGAGGGCUGAGGGCUUCCAUUCAGCAUCCCAAAAGCUGGCGGCAGCUUCUGGUAGACUUCAAACCGAAGCUGAGCGCGAGGCAGAGUAUUGGCACCAGAUUGCUGAUCUCAACAGCAGAGGAUGGUCAGUUUCGCGACUUCCACGAGACCGCAAGGCCAUUGGCGUACAUUUCAGAUUCUCUGAGUCUGCACCGCAAUUUCGGGACCGAGGCUUCGCUCUUCUUCGACAGGGCUCUGAUGGUUCAGUCGUUCUGGACCGACAGGUUGGGCUUAAGAAACGCAAACGGCUGGGCGUCUACGUUGUACGGGAUGGCGUCAAGACAGGCGCUUUCGACCUUGAAACCACUGGGUCUUCCGGGACGACGGAACUUAACCAGAGCCUCAACGACUACCGCAAUGCCAUUUUCGAGGAAGAGCUGUUCUAUGAGAUAUGCCGUGAAGCGCGUCUUGUGGCCAACCAAGGCAUUACUAAGCGGUCGCAGAGCGUAGAGGUUGACGUCGGCGGCGAGUACCACUUAUUGCUCGUGUCGUCCAGCGAAAAAGAAGAUGUUACGUCUCCCAAUGCUGCAGACAAUUUGACAGCUCAAUUCGUGGCCAUAUCUCUGCGGUUGUUGUUGAUUGCUGCUCAUGAGCAGAAUCUGAUCAGGCGUUCGCAAAAACCACCGCCAAUGACCCCCAAAGCACGACCAAUCCCAGAGUACGCGUUGCUCCGACCUAUUUUGGCACAUUUACGACACCGUGCAGAAGCGGCAACCUUUUGGGAUAAGUGCAGAGCGUUGCUGGGUGCCUUCAAGCGAGCAGAUCUACCGAUCUCGGUGUCGAUGGAGGGCUCGAGCACCACACUUUUCCAAUCUCUGCAGAUGGAACCACCCAACACCAUGCUGGCAGGCUUGAUGGUACCUGUAAAAACCAGCUUCAACAUAGCCCUGACAGCACAGCGAAAGCUGCAGAUCGGACUAGCCACAAUUCUUGGACCGCCUCUGUUCGGCUCUCGCUACGAAAUAUCGUCGAUUGAUUUUGGGCUUGCAACCAUAGCGUCAUCUCACCAUGAAACUCGCGACGAGGCGCUGUCGUUCAUCCGACACAUAUUGUUGUUGGAUCUCGUUGCACACAGUGAGACACUAGCCCUAGGGGUGCAAGCUGCGACCCGUUCAGAGUUGGAUAAGAGCAAACAAACAGAAUGGGCCGUCUCACAGCCGCACGACGGUGAGCUGAGCUUGUACGAUGCUCAGGAGGCCAUCGAGAAGCUGCAGAUUUCGGUGCAACACGAAAGUAUCUGCGUCAAGUUGAGCCCCGUGGGAAGGAGAAGCGGUGUCCAGAAUAUGUUGUGGUCAUGGACAUCGGCCGGCUGUUCCAAGACAGAGGGAGGUGUGACGAGUCUCCAAAAGACAGCGGCAGUCUUAAGUGCUGAAAUUGGAAAUGCCACGGACAAUGAAAGUCUUGCACGACUGAAAUGGGAGAUUGGUUCUCUCCUUCAAAAAUGCAAAUAUCUGUCCAAGGGUAUCAAGUUGUCUCAACUAAGCAGGCACUCGUUAUUUACACAAGCAUAUCCGUCCAUCGCGAAGGAGUUCGCCGAUCAGAUGGUACACUUGUACCUUGCUCGCUUCGAGUCUGUGUUUCGCAUCUUACAUAUUCCCUCGUUCUGGAUCGAAUACGAGCAAUAUUGGGGCGCUCCCACGGAGGCUGAUACCAUUACUCAACUCAAGAUCCAGCUAGUUACCGCCAUCGGAACUGUCGUUACCCAAGAUGCUACCAAAACGACAGGCAUCUAUUCCACGGCGCGUCAAUGGCUAUAUGCCGCUCAGGACUGGCUGGCUGGACCCAUGAAAAAGAACCGCAUCAGUAUUGGUAGUCUGCAGGUUCAGUGCUUGCUGAUCCUGGCUCGACAGGCUCUUUCUGUUGGGGGAGAUGUCGUUUGGAUAUCGAUGGGCACUGUCGUUCGGACCGCGAUGCAAAUGGGUCUACACCGUGAUCCGAAACAUUUCAAGAGUAUUGGCAUUCUUGAAAGCGAGGUUCGUCGAAGACUCUGGGCGACCAUCCUGGAGCUGGAUAUCCAGGCAGCCUUGGACGCCGGAGUACCACCUACUCUCUCAGUACAUGAUUUUGACACAGAGCCUCCCUCCAACAUCAACGACAAGGAUAUUGAUGAGCAAAUCGAGGCUCUCCAGGAACAUCCCACAACGACGGCGACCGAUUCGUCACUACAGCGUUUCCUCCUCCAGACUCUCCGUCCAAGGGUAGAAGUUGCCCGUCGCAUGAACGGGCUAGUAACCGCGGUUUCUGAGACAUCGUACAAAGAACUCUGCACUCUGACGACCGCGAUCAUCAGCGCCUGCCGGGCCUGUAGCUCGCAUAUACCCAGGACGAGCAGCUUGGACGCAGCCUCGUUCCACCACCACCUCGCAGACCUCCUUCUCCGCCGCUUCAUACUCCAUCUUCAUCGGCCCCUUGCUAGCCGAGCCCGAAGUAACCCAUUAUACUAUUUCUCGAGGAAAAUGAGCCUGGAUGCCGCCAUGGCUAUACUCACCCCGGUCCCCAAGAACCCUGAAUUCGCGCGUCUCGUGCUAGUCGGGGCGGGCAUGUUCAAGAACCGCAUAAUCCACGCGUCCCUGGCCGUGGCGUCGGAAUUGCUCACGAAUGUUGAGGAGCAAAGCCCGCUGGAAUAUCCCACGCCCUCAUGGGAACCUUCGGCCUAUCGAAAGAUGUUGACGGACGCGUUGCAAGAAGCGCUGCGGCAGUCUACCGAGCGGAUCCGUCUCGGGGAGACGAAUGUCAAGCUACGUAUGAAGCUGGGUAUGGCUCUGCGCCAGACGGAGGUGGCAGCAGGCGAGACCUCGUCAUCGAUGCAGCAGUUGGCCCAAGCCGCCAAGGAGAGCCUGGAGUUUUCAUACGCGAUUAUCCAGGAGCGGGCAACAGCUGAAGGAGUCGACAUUGAAGCUGGAGGACGGAGUGGAAUGUCCGAGAACGUUGACCUGGAUGACUUCGACCCAGAGCACUUCUCACUCGACCCGAACUUUAGCUUGGACGACCUCUUCUUCCUUCCUACAGAUCUAGAUGUGAACGGUGUAGCAAGGCUUCCUCAAAUGUAA